AUGUCAACAAAGAUCAAGGUCGCCGUCAUUCAGCUGUACUCAAAACCCCUUGAUAUAAAUGGCAAUUUUGCGAAAGCCUGUGAUUUCGUCCACCAAGCAGCUGAACAAGGAGCUCAACUUGUCGUCCUGCCAGAAUACCAUUUAAAUGGUUAUUUACCCGAAGAUCCUGUAUACAUCGAGCAGGCAGCACAAUACCAAGAAUACCUUGAUCGAUACUGCGCAUUGGCACGAGAGCUCGGCAUUUGUCUCGUACCAGGAACCAUUGUUGAACGACAUCCAGCUACUACUCAGUCUGCAAUCUUUGGUAGCAGAACCCUUAGUAGUGAACACGGAGACUACCACCUAUUCAACACCUCUUACUUUAUUUCCCACGAAGGGGAGAUUCUGGGAUUUUAUCGGAAGAAGAACUUGUGGCGUACCGAGCGUCCUCAUCAAUCGCGUGGCCAAGAAAAGCACUCUGCAAUAUCUACUCCCUUAGGAAAAGUAGGAAUUUUAAUCUGCUGGGAUCUCGCGUUUCCAGAAGCAUUCCGCCAGCUUGUGAGGGAUGGGGCAGAUAUUGUAAUCGUACCAGCUUGUUGGACGCUCGAUGAAUCAAGCCCCUAUGGACUCAAGCUCAACCCCGACUAUGAAACUCUUGUACUCAACUCAAUGGUCACAUCUCGUUGCUUUGAAAACACGUGCGCUGUCGUGUUUGCGAAUGCUGGUGGGCCUUCGGAUACGUUUGUUGGGCUCUCACAGGUCGCCAUGCCAUUCGUUGGUCCUGUCAAUCGUAUUUGCGACAGUUCAGAGGGUGUAUUUCUUGCUGACGUUGACAUGGAAAUAUUGAAGCAGUCGGAGCUCAACUACCUAGUGAGAGAGGAUAUGGCUAGCAAAGAUUGGCAUUAUUAA